AUGGAAGAUUAUCACACAAUUACAAAGCCAAAACCAAACAAAAGAGAAUCGAUUGUGGGGGUUUGUGAUGAUGGGCUGCGUUGCCCUUCUUCUUCUUCUUCUCUAACCAACCUUCCAAAAGAAAUGGAGAGGCUAAACUCAAAGCUGUACUUGGAGAACUGCUACAUAAUGAAGGAGAAUGAACGUCUGAGGAAGAAGGCUGAGCUACUGAACCAGGAGAAUCAAGCACUGCUAAAUGAGCUGAAGCAGAGGCUGUCACAGGCUCAUGGCCCAAAUUCCAUCCCUGAUCUUAACAUGUCCACCUCCUCCAAUUCCAAGGCUUCCAAAUCUAGCAAGAAAUGA